AUGCCAAAACCUAACCGAAAACUGAACCCCUUGACGACCGAGCCUGACUUUAACGGAUGGCCAGGUGCCCUCGCAAUCUCAAUUGGCCUGCCACUUCUGUUUAACAUCUUUUGCUUCACGUGCAACGACUUAGGAUGCCCCGUGUCAUGGACCUCUUUUGAGCCCUAUCGCGCGCAGCUCGCCUCGCGGGCACUUUUUUCAUGGCACGCUCUUGGUGUUUAUGCUAUAUGGUGGUCGGCUUUGGCAAUUUUGGACCGCAUUGUUCCUGGCGAAACUGUAGAGGGCACGCUUCUGCGUGACGGUAAAACUCGUUUGAAGUACGUGUUCAACGGCAAACUGGUCAUGGUCAUUUUGUUCUCGCUGCUGGCUGCGCGUGCAGUGACCACCCGUGGUGCUCUUCCAGAGCUUGUGUAUGUUUAUGAGCAUUUGACAGAACUUAUGAAUGCAUCGUUGUUGGUGGCUUUUGUGGGCUCAACUGUCCUUUAUCUUGCUCCUUUGUACUUGUACCGCGAAGAGCCUAUUUUGGCUCUGGGAGGAAACACGGGGAACCCAAUUUUUGACUGGUUCAUUGGUCGUGAACUCAACCCCCGGAUUAGCGAUUUUGAUUUGAAGCUGUUCAACGAAAUGCGACCCGGUCUUUUGCUAUGGGUCAUUAUCAACUUGGCGAUGAUGCACCACCAGUGGCUUAAAUACGGUUCGGUUUCAGAUUCUAUGUGGCUGGUAGUGCUCUUUGAAUCAUACUACGUUAUCGAGGGCACCUUUUACGAACAAGGCCUUAUCAACAUGAUUGACACCACCACCGAUGGUUUUGGGUUCAUGCUGUUUUUUGGUGACUUGACGCUUGUCCCCUUCUCUUACUCUCUGCAAGCGCGGUAUCUUGCCGACCACCCUGUGCACUUGGGCUUUUGGGGAGUAUUGGGGUGCUUGUCUGUCUUCACCGUUGGUCUUUUAAUUUUCCGACUGUCCAACAAUGAAAAGAACGCGUUCCGCAACAACGAUCCAUCCAAAGCUCACCUCAAGUACAUUACCAGCAAGACUGGCAGCAAGCUGCUUGUGUCUGGCUGGUGGGGCACAGCACGACACAUCAACUACUUUGGUGACUGGCUGGUGGCCUGGGCGUACUGCCUACCCACCGGGUUUGGCAGCAUUCUGCCCUACUACUUUGUGUUUUUCUUUGCAGGGUUGCUCAUCCACCGCAAUGAACGCGACGAGGCCAAAUGUGCUGAGAAGUAUGGUGAAACUUGGGUCGAGUACAAGCGCCGGGUGCCUUACAAGUUUAUUCCGUGGGUGUAUUAA